CGGUGCUGUGCUGUGCCAACUGCCAGUGUGAGUGUAGUGUGCUCAUAAUUUAAGCGGCCGUCGUAUCGUGAGCAUCUCCAGAAUUUUAGUCUCCAAAAACACCAUAAAAGCCCACAAGCACAGUAUUUACUUUUGCUGCUCUGUUACUGCUUUCCUUUCUUUUCCUUUAUAAUUUGCAAAGAGUGUAAUGUGUAUGGAAAAUAAUUUGUGACAAAUUAAGUGUUUGGUGUCAGUGCAGUGAGUCGAUUAUAACUUCACAAUUAAUCAGUAAUUCGUAAAGUUGUUCGAACUUAAACUUAGGUGAUUCCUAUAUAUUGAAAAAUGACGACUGCAGCAAGACCAACAUUUGAUCCAGCACGAGGAGGAACCGGACGAGGUGAAAAAGAUCUUAGUGCAAUAUCUCGUCAAUAUUCUAGUAGAGAUCUUCCAGGCCACACUAAACUAAAAUACAGAGAACAAGGUCAAGGUACUACAGAUGAAUUACGUUCAAGAGACUUUCGUAAGGAGUUAGAUGAAAGGGAGAAGGAAGUGAAAAGUUCUAGUACAAGGAGACCUGUAGAGCCCCCCACUAAGAGACCUAAAGUAGACCAGGUUCCGGCAGCGAGCUUGGAUGCUGAUGAUCCUCUUGAAGGAGACUCGUCUGACUCUGAUGAUUCCGAUGAUGACACUGCAGCUUUGCUAGCAGAGUUAAACAAAAUUAAAAAAGAAAGGGCUAUAGAACAGGCUAAGAAGGAAGCUGAACGCAAGCAGGAAGAAGAAAGGAUUCGCAUGGAAAAUAUUCUGUCUGGAAAUCCAUUAUUGAAUUAUUCUUCAGCAGGACAGAAGAAUGAUAUGAAGGUUAAACGACGCUGGGAUGAUGAUGUUGUUUUCAAAAAUUGUGCUCGUUCUGAACCUGAGAAGAAAGGCAACACUUUCAUAAAUGAUUCUUUAAGAUCAGAAUUUCAUAAGAAAUUCAUGGAAAAGUAUGUUAAAUAGUGAUACCUAAUUGUAAUUCAUUAAAUUGUAAGUUAUUUUAGUAAGUUUAGAUAAAGAUGGACUGUAAAAACAUUCUAAAAAAAAGUUGUUUAGAAUAAAAUGUUAAUAAUUUCAUCUUGGAAUGUGUGGUGUAAUUUCAUUUAAUGAAUAAUUAAACACAAAUUAGCUAAUGGUCCAUUAAAUAGCAAAUUAGUAAGUGUAGUCAAUAAGUAUGCUAAAUGAUUAGCUAAUGUGGCACUAAUGUGAAUACUUCACAUUAAUUUUGAAUGUUUAUUUUCUAAUAUUUAAGUACCUCCAUAAGUUAAUAAUGUAAAGUGUAUACAUAGACUAUAUCUUAAGAUUUUGUUACACAAUAAAAGAGAUACUUUCCCA